CUAGACCCUUUACUGCCGACCAAGUCCUGACUGACGAGGAAGUGGAAUCCGCUAUCGCUGUGUUGAGACACACUGCUGAUGAGUACACCAUCCGUGAGAAGAUGAAAGUCACUUUCAGUUAUCGCCAUGCCAUGGUCAAUGAUAAUGACAAAUCAGCAGAGGUCUUCUCAGUAUUUCCACGGUUCCUGGACACACCAGGACUGAUAGAACAGGAUUUCAGACUUAUGUUUGGUGAGCAGACUGCCAACAAUUUCCUGGAGAGGUGGCCUACCACUUUCAAAGCAAAAGUAAUUAAGGAAAGCCAUGGACUGGUCCCCUCCACAGACCUUCUUGAUUUGAUGCGCAACGCUGAGACAUCUACUGAAGUCGAAAAUGGCUGGGACAGUGACAUGUCAACCAUCAUACUGCUGCUACAUCUGCUACCGCCAUCCGCACAGGGACGAAAGAGGCCAGGGAAGAUCUCAGCAUCUCAUGCAGUAGAUCACCUCAUCAAAUUCCAAAAGACGGGAACAAGCGUGCAGCAGCAUCUUGACACCAUAAGUCAAAGCAGUCAGCCCUACCUCCUUGCUCAGGGACCCACAAAAAGCAGCAUUACCUCCUUCUUCAUUGCUAUCGACAAGCAUGCACUUCCAUGCAAAGCAACCAGCGCAGUCGGAGCCCUGGAUGAACUCUUUAAGGCCCACUACGUCUUUUGUACAUCUUACAGUCCUGUGUUGAAUAAUUUCUUCACUUUUUUGCAAACCACCAUUUACAGCAUUGAUGUGGGGGAAACGAAGGAAACGCCAAGAAUCGCAGAGUUGCGAGUGCGAAUGGUGCGUUAAACAAUGAGGUGCUUUCUUUGCAGCAAAGAACUUGGUGA